AUGAUCAGUGCUUCGAGGCGCUGGUUCCGGCGCAAUCGCAAGACCCUCGCAAUCGGCACGGGCGUCAUCGGUGUGGGCUACCUCGCAGGCCAAUAUGUACUAGGCAAGAUUUCUGAAGCACGGGAGCGUAUGAGCAGUGACCGUAUCGCUCGCGAGAACUUACGGCGACGGUUCGAGCAGAACCAGACCGACUGUACAUACACCGUCCUAGCAUUAUUGCCGACUGCGGCCGAGGAUAUAUUGGAGGCUCUACCCGUGGAGGAAUUGACGAAGGAACUGCAGAAGAAACGCGCGGAGCGGCUGGCCCGUCUCAACGCUGGGGAGGGGACGGCGACGGGGUCGGACAUGAGCUCUGUUGCGCCUAGUCUAUUGGAAGAUGAUCGCAAAAGCGUGUCGAGCGAAUCGUUCCUGCGUACUAGUCAACUCGGGGAGUCGACUGUCGAAGGGGAUGCGCCCCAACCGAAGCGGAAUAAGACGCAGCUUUGGAAUGAGGUUAAGAUUACCUCUAUUACCCGCGCAUUUACCCUCCUAUACACCCUGUCCCUGUUGACAAUCUUCACGCGCGUCCAACUUAAUCUUCUCGGUCGCCGGAACUACCUUUCAAGCGUGAUAUCCUUGGCUACACCCGCAGACUCGUCAACAAUUAGGUUAGAGGACCAUGAUGAUGACUUGACCCAGACGCUCGGAAACGAUUUCGAGACCAACCGACGGUACCUUGCAUUUAGCUGGUGGCUGCUCCACCGUGGCUGGAAGCAAUUGGUGGAGGAAGUCCAGGCCGCGGUCGUGGAAGCGUUUGGGCCUCUUAACCCCAGGGAUGAUAUUACGUUUGACAAACUGUCGGAAUUGACCCUUCAGGUUCGUAAGAAGAUAGAAGGUGCCACCGAGGAAGACAGGAAACACCGAAAAUGGCUACCUUAUCUGCUUCCUCCCCGAGAAGAGGAGGACCACUUGCUAGACGAGUCCGGCGUCCUCGGGGUCACAGAACCCUCAACACCUCAGACAGCGGCGACGCUGCGACAUCUCCUCGAUGAGACGGCUGAUCUGAUCGACUCCCCCACAUUCACUCGUGUUCAGAUGCUCCUUAACAACGAAUGCUUCGAAACGCUGAUACAACAGUGCAAGAUGGAUGCGUUCAAAUCCGCAGGGCCGGUGACAGCCCCUCAAUCAUUCACGUCUGUCGCCACGGUAGUUCCGAUCAGGGAGAAUUCGGAACUCAAGACGAAGCUAGCGAAUGUCCUUGCCGUACUUGCUCGGCAAGCUCAUACCAUUGGCAACGGGACGUCUCCGCCGAACAUCUAUGUAAGUGCGAUGGAUCAAGGUGUACGGGAGCUUGAGGCGUUCGCGGCGGUGGUGUACAGUUCGAACUUUGAUUCCGAGCUUCUCGGCGCUGGAUCGGGUACCAACUCUUCCAACGCAACGGCUGCAGUUCCAGGCUCUGCUUCCUCAUCGCCGGUGAUAGUUGGCCGGGACGACCGACGCGCCGAGGACUCAACAACUACGACGAAUACUGACGAUAACGACUUGGAGAAGGCAUGGGGAAGAGCUGUGGUAGAACAGCCAAGCGGCGGUCCGACUGCAUAG